AUGACUCAUUGUUGGGUUUUUGAUCCACACAAUCGACCCACCUUCCACGAUCUGUGUGUUCUGUUGGGGCCACGAUUUGGAGACGAGGAGUUUCGUGCGGCAAGUUUCUUCUACUCCGGUGACGUUCCUGUACCAGACCCCGCGACGGUUUCUACCACCGGGCCCAUGUCCACACACAUCCCUGCGGUUCGGCGAGGUCCGUGUAUAUCACGUAAUGCGCACAUUCGAUCGGGAUCGGAAACAACGAAUGCCGUGCAACCGACGCACCAUCCGUUCCAUUCCAUCCGAAACCCAGAUCACAUGGCAUUCACGGACGAGGAUGACACGGAACAGUUGAAUAAACGUGAGAUUUCUAUUCACUAA